AUGUCUUCUACUGUUGCAAGUAGAAAAGAUCAAGGGAUGAUAGAAUCUUGGUUUGAUGAUGAAGCAACGCGAAAAGCGGAGAAAAUUGUAACACGCAAACUCGAUUUUCACUUACUACCACUUCUUUCAAUCACCUAUCUACUUUCAUAUCUUGAUCGAUCGAAUAUUGCUAAUGCUAAAUUAGGUGGUCUUGCAGAAGAUAUUCAUUUGAGUUCUGAACAAUAUCUAUGGUCAUUGUCGAUAUUUUUCUUUGGCUAUGUUUUGUUCGAAGUUCCAUCAAAUAUAAUUCUUCGUCGUUGGCGUCCAUCAAGAUGGAUUAGUUUAAUAACGUUGGCAUGGGGUGCCGUAGCUACGAGUCUAGCAGCUGUAAAAAAUGUUGCUGGCCUUCUCGUAUGUCGAUUUCUACUUGGUACAUUCGAAGCUGGUCUAUUUCCGGGUCUAAUCUAUUUUAUGUCAUUGUGGUAUCCGAGAAAAGAACAAGCUAUUCGACUCGGUUUUUUCUGGUCUUUUUCGGCACUUGCUGGUGCUUUCGGUGGUCUUUUAGCUUUUGGUAUCGGUCAAAUAAAAUCAUCGACACUAUCAACAUGGCAACUGAUAUUUAUCAUCGAAGGUAUUCCGACAAUCAUUGUAGCUAUAUGCUGCUUUUUCUUCUUACCUGAUUCACCUGAACAUGCACGAUUUUUGAGUAAUAAAGAACGUGAAAUUGAAAUUCGUCGUAUGAGAAAUGAUGCAGGUGCUUCUAUUAAUCAUUCAUUUGCUUGGUCACAAGUUUGGUCUGUAUUCACCGACUGGAAAAUCUAUAUUUACUCAAUCAUUUAUAUCACAGGAACAAUUCCAUUGCAAGCGGUAACUCUUUUUUUACCAUCUAUUAUCAAAGCCAUGGGCAAAUGGACAAUUGUUCAAACACAAUUAAUGACUAUUCCACCAUACAUUACAGCUUUUAUUGCAAUUCUUAUUGUUUCACGUAGCUCUGAUUAUUUUGUCGAACGAUCUUUUCAUUUGAUUUUCGUCAAUCUUUUUUCGAUGUGUGGUCUUCUCCUUCUGAUGUUCAUUGAACAACACCGUGUGAAUAUUCUCUAUAUGAGUGUUAUUUUUCUUACAGCAGGUACCUAUGCAAAUGUCAGUGUCAAAGUUGCAUGGUUCAAUAAUAAUUUUGCCUCAUUAACUCGUCGUGCUGUUGCAUCAGCAGUUAUUGUCUCAAUUGGUAGCAUUGGAGGAGCAAUUUCAGGCCAAAUAUAUCAAGAUAAACAGAAACCAAGAUAUUUUCUAGGUAACACAAUUGCUUUUGGUUGUGUUGCUUUACAGACAAUACUCAUCAUUAUUCUUCGUUUGGUAUUUAUUUAUAUUAAUCGUCGACGACAAAUACUCAAUGAUGAUCAAAAACAAAAACAAAUUGAAAGAUAUGGUGGAAAUGAAUUAAUUGGCGAUCGACAUCCUGAGUUUCGAUAUACUCUUUAA